AUGGCUAUUUGCCAGCCUAUGAACAUCAAAACGGAAAAUCGUGAAAAGUUGCUGAGGGCAGCUUGGGUCAUCGGCUUGGUGUGGAUUUUGUCUCUGGGUGCAUCGGCUCCAGUUGCUUUCUUUCACGCUAUAAACACCAUCAAGGACUACGAGGGCAACCCGAUCCAGGAGUCGGCGUGGUGUAACCUGGCCUACGACAGGCCCAGCCAAACAUGGCCCUCGCUGUUCCUCACCCUGACGUUGGUGUUCUUUGCGGUGCCCAUCACGGUCUUAUCAGUGCUUUACGGCGUCAUAGGCUACGUGCUCUACAAGUCCUGUCAGCCGUUGGGUCAGACGGUGACCUACUGGCACGUCCCGAGGUCGGCUGCUGCUUCCACGGUGGCAGGCGGAACGACGCAUCAGGUUUGCUUCAAUGACGCGGAAGAGGCGCCACGUCCGCCCCCACCGACACUCCCGGGCGACGACAGACUCAGGAAGCAGAUUGAGGUUUGCUUCAAUGACGCGGAAGAGGCGCCACGUCCGCCCCCACCGACACUCCCGGGCGACGACAGACUCAGGAAGCAGAUUGAGGUCCAGCGAGUGCGAAUGCUGAGGCGGAAAUCUGUCAUCAAAAUGCUGGAGUCGACCCGGGCUUUGGAAGGACCCAUCGGUGAUGACCUGACAGCCUGGAACAAGCACGGAAAUGAAAGAGCUGCCCAGCAGCAAUCGCCUUGGGGGCUACGCCAGCCGUUUGAAGAACCCUGGAAUGGUGGGAUAGACUCCACAGACUUGAGGAAGGUCGGGGUGAAUGCUGUUCCAUCCAUUCCUGGGAUGCACUCGAGAGUAUCGUCUUUGUCGAAAAUUCCGGUCAGCUUUUCCGGACCUCAUCUCACCCCCAAGCCAAGAGUUGCCGUCGUCAUUGCAUUCUUCAUCUGCUGGGCUCCGUUUCACGCACAGCGACUGUUGUUCGUAUACGUGUCCAUAUCUGCAGAAUGGACAGAACAACUCCGAAUCGCCAACGAAGUCGUUUCGUAUUUAUCAGGAGUCUUGUACUUCUUCAAUGCCACGCUGAACCCGGUGCUGUACAAUGUGAUGUCAAAGCGAUUCCGCACAGCGUUCAAGGCGACUGUCUGGCAAUUUCUGUCGUGUCGAAAUUGCGUUCUGCGCGGGUUGUGGUACUGCGGGGCGUGCGCCUUCGACAUUUGCACCUGUGCCUGCAUCCGAGAGGUCAUCCACGGUUUCAAUCCGUCUUCUUCGUAUCCAGAGGAAGACGGGCCUGUCGGGAUGGACGCGGAAUGCGAGCAGCCGCGUCGGAAGCGUUCCUGCGCGUCGGCCGAGGCCCUCGGCGUCGUCGACUGCUGGCAACAAUGUUCCUCUCGGUCGUCGGGCAACAAGCGCAGCAACGUCUCUUCGACCAAUAACACCAAGGGCAAUAACCCAGCUCAGCAAACGAAACGCUCCUUGCUAACAGCCACAGGCCCGUCUGAGAAGUUGCAUCAGCUGCGUCAUCAUCAGCAUCAGCAAGAGAAGAAGCAGCAGCAAACGAUGAUCCCGAUGAGUGCUAACAAUAACAAGCCCGCGACGAUGCUGGGGAAGCGCAACUCGUCGUCUUCGUCUGGCUUCUCGUCGAGGACGCUUCUGCAAAGGACAUUUCCGACAGUUGCAUACGCCAAAGAAGGCAUUCAUCGCAGUGAUCGACACCGUCGUUUCCGUUCCGGUCUCUCCCCGAACUUCUCCACUCAUCGUGACGCCUCUCACCACCACCGCCGAUCUCACUACAACAACCGCCGCCUCGGAAGCGGCAAUUCCCGCGGCCGCCACCGCCCCGCAAAAAGCGAGGGCGACGACCCUGACCUUGUGGUCGACUGGUCACUCUUGUCCCGACCCCAGCCCCAACAGCAGCAGCAGCAGCAAUGCUCAGUGUCCUCACCCAUGCUUCCGGUGCCGGGUCGAGCCAGGGGACCGAUGCUGCACCUUCUCUGGCCUUCGUUUGCUCAGAUAUCCAUUUGUUCCCUAUUGCUUUAA